CCCGCUUCAGCGGGCCUGCGCAUGCGCGCCCUCCGCCCCUUCCUCCGCCUGGUCUCGGCACUGCGCAUGCGCGCGGCUCACGCGGGAGGGCGCCCUCGGCCCGACUGGGAGAGGAGCGGUCGGCGUCCGUCGGGGCGGCGGGGGCGCGGAUCAUGCUGUCCUUCCUGGCCAGGGUCGCCGCCGGGCCGCUCCGUUCGCUGGGCCGCUCGCCCUUGUGCUCGCUGGCGCCGCGGUGGCGGAUGGCGGCCGUCCCCGUGCCGCUGUGCGGUGUGGAGGCCGCCCGCAGCCGGGUGCUGCUGGCUGGCCCGUCGCUGCCCGGGCUGCUGCGGCUCUGUGCGGGGCUGAAGACUAAAACGUCGAUAAAAAGGCGCUGCAAGGACUGCUACAUCGUUCGCCGCCGGGGCCGGCUGUACGUGUGCUGCAAGACCAACCCCCGGCACAAGCAACGGAAGCUGUAGCCCCGUGUUUGCGGCGCUCGUGAGUGGCUGGGAGCGUGUCCCAAAAGAGAGGAAAGCAAUAAACGUGGUGCUUGUGUGCAAGGCCUUGAAUUGUAUGUAUAUCCGUGUCAGCAGGAUCGCUCCCUUUUCCCUGGUUGUCCUGGCUGGCUGCUGGGGACCCAAAUCAGAAAGUGACAGUGUUGGAUCUUGGCUCUAAAAGUGAAGUAACCGAAGUUUGUAGCGUAGCAGUCACUGCAUUCACCCUGCUUCAAACCACGGAUGCUGAGAAAUAACAUGGAAAGACACAACUCCGGACUUCUUACUCUCUUAGCCUCAAAGUCUCUCUUACUAUCAGCUUACUUUUAAGUUAGUAAGAGUGAAGUGAAAUCCUCUGACUCAGAGAGAUAUUUGUGCUUCGUACUAAGCAAAACGAAAAUAAAUAUGGUUGAUAGUGCCUUAUUACAACAUACUAUAAUUCUUCCAUUAAGAAAACCUUGAUGUUGAAAACUGGUUACAGAACCAACGGUAUAAAAUGUAGUUGGGCUCUAUAGUGGAAAAAAAUUGUUACACUGAAAGAUGAUGUUCCAACUUUUGAUUCAUAUGGGGGCUGCUCCUCCUGAUUUGUUAUGUUGGCCCACAGUGUCAGAGGUGUAUUUUGGUGGUAUGGUAGUAGAGAUAGAACCUUCCCACCAGUAUUCCACUACAUUGAAAAAGUAUUUUCAUGUCUUUCACUUCACUGUUGCCACUGCUGUAACCUUUACUUCAUGCAUAUUUCUACAUCCUACACCAUUUUGUCAUAUUGUCCCUUGUCUGUCUGUCUCACAGCAUCAAAAUGUAACGGAAUAUUUUUGGGAGGGUUCAGCUUCUACUGCCAUACCAUGCCAACAUCUACCUCCAUCAUUGUGGUCCAGCGUAGUAAAAUAGGAAGCAUUACUUUUGUAGAUACUCCUACUUUCUAAAUGCUUGUGCAUUUAAAUGUAAGCAGAAGAGUUUCCUGGAAAAUUUUACUCCUGCUUUAAUGCACAUUACCAAUUAAGCAAUCUAACUGGAGUCUUUAAAAGCUCUAAUUUUCCAA